AAAUAACUUCCACAAUGUUAACCUGCGCCCAAAUUUGCUAUUCAGUCUAGCAGUGGGAAAGUCCGAGUUCCUCCACACAACCAUACACAACUGAGGUACAAGAAUAGAAGACAAUUCAACAUUUUAUAAAUAAAAUUCCUGAGACUGGGCAGUGUUGAACAGCUAAAAGCAACCAGUGCGAAUAAUACAGAAUAAAAGUGAAAAUGUCCUGCAAAUCUGCGACUGGUAACAGUGUGAAAAGUAACAGUAAUUACGACCCCAAUCAUUGGGGUAGAGCUCCUAGUACAGACAUGAAUGUAAAGUUCGCUGGGGAGGAGGCCAAAGAUCGAAUGUACGAACCAAAAGAAAAAAAGAAGUUAGUGAGGGUUUUGACCGUUAUCGCCUACAUAUUUUUCGUAUCCCUUGCAGCUAUUAUGCUCUCUUUGUACUAUGUUUUUAUAUGGAAGGGGUCUCAAAGAGAUUUUUACAAACCUCGGACUUUUGUUGUUACACUGCCCACCAAGUGCUCCCAUGUAGCAGAUGCUGAACCCGAAGCCGAGGCUAUUGUAGAGUUACCCAGAGACAUGGAGUCACCAAUAAUUCAGGAAAAUUUAAGCGAAAAAAAUAAAUCACGCAUCAUCUCAUCUUUUGAUCGAAAGGCUGAAUUUUCAAAACCCGCGGUCUAUUUCGAUAAAUUUUUCCGAAUGAGGCGAGAUAAAUUCCGAGCAACAUGAAAAAGAUUGAUGACAUUGCAAUCAAAUCUGAAACGGAAUUAUAUUGAGCUGAACAAGAUGUUGACGAAAGUAUUUCGUAGUCGUACGUCAAAAUUUGAAUGGAAUAAAUUAACUGAUAUUUCAUUAAUGAAUUAACUACUUACAGAUUUUUGUAAAAUAGACUGCACAAAAUGUGAUACCUUUUGCUGCAUUUUAUAAAAUAUUAAGUAGUCGAAAAUUUGUAGUUUAUGUACAAAAUAUUAGUUAAGUAGAAUUUAUAUUAAUGUUUGCUAAUUGUAGUACAAUGUUAUCGUACGGACUGAAAUAUA